AUGUCUCUGACAGGUAUCCUCGUUGGAAAGACUGCCAUAAUCACGGGAGGGACGACGGGCAUCGGCCGUGCCAUCUGCCUCGAAUACCUGAGGCAUGGAGCUGAUGUGACCGUAAACCACCUUGGCCUAGACAAGGAUCGAAAGCAUCUUGACUCCCUCGUCGCGGAAGCAGAAGCCCUAAGAAAAGCCGAUGGUAGCGCAGGCCGUCUUCUCCACGUCCAGGGUGACGUCAGGAACCCUGACGACGCAGCGAAGCUGGUAUCUCUGGCUGUGAACAGCUCUACAAACAAGCGUCUCGAUGUGUGCGUGUCAAACGCGGGGGUGUGUACCUUCGCCGACUUCCUGGACUGUUCGCCGGACCUACUAGAGACGACGGUGCGAACCAACCUAGACGGGGCGUUCUACGUGGUACAGGCUGCGGCAAGGCAGAUGGCGAGGAACCAGACACCUUCAGGUGGUAGUAUCAUCGGUGUAUCGUCCAUUUCGGCUCUCGUGGGUGGUGGCACACAGGCACACUACACCCCCACCAAGGCUGGCGUCCUCAGUCUGAUGCAGAGCACCGCCGUCGCCCUAGGAAAGUACGGCAUCCGUUGCAACGCCCUGCUUCCCGGGACCAUCAAGACGCAGCUCAACGAAGAGGAUCUAGCAAAUGACUCCAAGAGGAAGUACACCGAGGGGAGAAUUCCGCUAGGCAGGACAGGUGACACGAAGGAUAUGGCCGGGCCGGCCGUCUUCCUAGCCAGUGACGAGCUCAGCGGCUACGUCACGGGCGCACAAUUGCUUGUUGACGGUGGUCUCUUUGUCAAUUUGCAGUAG